UGCUUCCCACUCCGCUACAAAAUUUACAAAUAUGCCACUUUCGAAAAGGAAAAGAUUGGCAAUCGCCCUUUAUUUGGCAAACAAUACGGAGCAAAAGCAAAGGGAACAUUGGGUUCAUCCCAUAUUAAAAAGAAGGAAAGAGCUUGGUGAGUACCAUAGACUUGUCCAAGAAAUGAGACUUGAAAGAACGGUUGCAUUUCGUAACCAAUACCGCCUGGACCCUGGUAUGUUUGAUGACCUGAGGAGUCUAGUGGCUCCUUACAUAACUAAAACCACGACUAAUUUCCGAGAACCUAUAUCUCCUGAAGAGAGGCUUGGAAUAACAUUAAGAUUUUUAGCAACAGGGGAUUCUUAUACCACAAUAGCAGAUUCAUAUAGGACAUCGAAAUCAACAGUUUCAGGAAUAGUUACAGAAACUUGUGAGGCAAUUUGGACAUCACUCAAAAAAGAAUAUUUAAGCCCGCCAACAGUUACAAAAUGGAAGCAAAUCGCUGAAGAGUAUGAGAAAAAGUGGAAUUUCCCACAUUGCAUAGGGAGCAUAGAUGGGAAACAUAUACAAAUUCAAGCACCGGUGAAUUCAGGGUCCCUUUAUUACAAUUACAAGCACACCUUCAGCAUUGUGCUAAUGGCCCUUGUCGACGCCAAUUAUAAUUUUGUUUUUGUCGAUGUGGGAGCUUACGGAAAGCAGAGUGAUGGAAGUGUUUUCUCCCACUCUGCUUUCGGUAAGCUCAUGAAUGAAGGGGCCCUGAAUUUGCCGGAUGAAACAACACUUACUAACAGCUCAAAAAAGGCUCCCUAUGUGAUAGUGGGGGAUGAAGCCUUCCCACUACAGAAGCACCUGAUGAGACCAUACCCGGGGCGAAAUUUGCCAAUUGAGGAAAAAGUUUUCAACUACAGGCUAUCCAGGGCAAGGCGAGUAGUAGAAAAUGCAUUCGGUAUAAUGAGUGCGAAGUGGAGAGUUUUUAGGAGGCCCAUGGGUGUGUCGCCACAAAACGCAGAGUUGGUUGUGAAGGCAGCAUGUUGUUUGCAUAAUUAUGUAAGACGCCAUACACUGAUAGAUGCAGGUGAAGUGGAUAGGGAAGACCUGGAGGGAAACAUAACAAGAGGAAGUUGGCGGGUACAAGAGGAUAACAGUUUUUUGCCCCUGCAAAGGCAAGGUCGCAGAAAUAGUGUAGCGGCGGCGGCUGUUCGCGACAGCUUUAAAAAUUAUUUCAUGGUUGAUGGAGCUUGCCCCUGGCAAUUUCAAAGAGUCAGAAGGACAUGAAAAGUUCCUUUUAUCUAGCUUAGUGGUUACCAUCGAAAAAACAUAUUACUGAAUGAGAGAUUUUACAUUUGACACGCUACACUAAAAUAUUUCAAGCUGUAAUCAAUUUGGAAAAUAAUCCAAAUUUUUCAUCAAAGAAUAUUUGAAAAUAAACGUAAUUGAAAAAAGAAUUUGUGCUUGAUAAAAGAAAAUAAACAGCAGCAGAAAGAUGAAAAUCAUGCAAAUACUCCAUGAAGCUGUAAUGAGAAAUAGCCAGAAUGAAAAAGCAUACUGCCUGAACAAAUAAUAAAAUGGUUGAGGUAAACUAACAAUAAAAAACAUUAAAAUUUUUU